CUUAGAUUAGAUUUUAGCAUUGGGCGUAUGGGAUGAGUAUCUGCUCUUUUUCGGAGUUCAGAGUUCAGACCAACUAAGAAAAAAAAAAUCCCUUCCAUUAUUCAUUUCCUAAUUUGUUUUCAAACAAACAUUGGCGGUGAGUGGUUUUUUGAGGGUUUCCUUUGUCGUUUUGCACAUCUGAAAUCAGGUUCCAACAAUGGCGGAAACAAGCUCAGCAAGCGUACAGAAAUUCUUCGAGGACCUGGAAUCCCACAAGGCUAUACUCACCACCUGCACCAACCUCUUCGCCGCCCUCUCACACCGCUUCACCUCCCUCGACACCUCCCUCCACCAAAAAUCCCAAUCCCUCGAUUCCAAGCUCCAAUCUCUCCAAUCCCGCUCCCACCAAACCCUCGAAGAACUACGCCACCGUGACUCCUCCAUCCCCGAGCGCGAGUCCGCCGCCGCUGCCCUAAUCCGUGACCAGACCGACGCCGCCCUCUCCGACCUCCGCAAGCCCCUCCCCGCCAACCCCGACCUCUCCACCACCCUCAAAUGCCUCUCUCGCAAGAUGGACUCCUCCGCCCUCCUCCGCUUCAUCGUCUCCAAGCGCAAGGAAUCCGCAUCCCUCAGGGCGGAGAUAUCCGCCUCCAUAUCCGAGGCCGUGGACCCCCCAAGGCUGGUCCUCGACGCCGUCGAAGAAUUCCUGAAUUGCAAGCUGGCUAAGUCUGGCGUCACCGAUAAGAGAUGGGCCUGCGGGAUCCUGAUUCAGGCUCUGUUUCCGGAAUCUGGUGCCGGAGCAAAGCGUCCGGAGUUUUCUCGGCGGAUUGUGGAGAGGGCGGUGGGGCUGGUGGAGCUGUGGAAGAGGCAGAUGGACGAGGAAUCGGAGAAUGGAACUGUUGGUGCUGCGGAGGUGGUGAUGUUUCUGCAGAUGGUGGUGUGUUUUGGACUGAGGUCUAUGUUCGAUGAUGACUAUUUGAGGAAGUUCGUUAUGGAGUUUGCGUCCAGAAGGGACAUGGCUAAGCUUGCUGCCAUGUUGGAAUUCGGUGACAAGAUGAUAGAUAUAAUAGAUGAACUAGUAAAAAAUGGCAAAGAGGUAGAAGCUGUUUAUUUUGCUUCAGAAUCUGGUUUGACUGAAAGGUUUCCUCCAGUCGACCUGCUCAAGUCCUGUCUUCGGAACUACAAGAAGAAUGCUGCUAUAACGUCGAAGAAGGGAAAUAACAAUCAGGCUGCUACGGAUGAUUCAACCACUUUGGAGUUGAAUACAAUUAAGGCCAUAAUCAAAUGCGUAGAAGAUCACAAGCUGGAAUCAGAAUUCAACCUCGAUAAUUUGAGGAAGCGGGUUACACAGUUGGAGAAAACAAAGGCUGAAAGGAAGAAGAGCGCAACAGCUGGUAAACCUAAGAAGCGCAGCAUCCGUGCUGGAGGAGCGGGUUCUUCCCGUCCAUCCAAAUCAGCCAAAUUCCAUCCGCAUCCAUCCUCGUCUUCCAGUCGCAGGAACCUGGCACCUUCUCUGCAGCCUAGUCCCAAUGCCAGAUUUUCAAGCGCAUUCAACUAUCCCAGUCAGACUGUAUAUGAUGCCUCAGCUACUGCUAAUCCUUAUGCUGCAACCUAUGGAGCUGCCCACACUCAAAGCCCUGCUGGGAUGACCCAACAGCAUUACUCACUCCCUGUUGACAAUUUGGGUCCACCCGGCUACCGAUCCAGCACUGCUUAUGUAGGACAGUCUAGCUACGGCAUGUAUGAUUAUGGAAAUGCCACUCUAUCCACUUAUCAACCUCCAUACACAGUGGAUCAAUCUAGCUACAGGGGAUGAGUUUUCCUUGCUUCCUCCUGCUCUUGAAUCUUGUCGUCAGUUCCUUAGAAAAUGGAGAAAAAAGCAGCUGCCUUUUUUUCGCCUCUUAAUUUUUCCGUUUCCUUUUGGGAAUUUAGGUUGUAAUUGGUAAUCACAGAGCAAUUAAGUCAAGGUAGGUUCCUCACCAUUCCUGUAUCUUUUCCUACUAUUUUUAUACUAUCUACUGGUCCUUGCCGUUUUGAAUGCAUGGCGGAAGUAGCUUCUGAAAACAUGAGUAAAAAGGUUACUUGUGCUUUUAAUCUUUAAUCACAAUGGCAUGCCUUUUCAUCUGUGAUCUUUACAGCAUAUAGUAGUGCUAGUGCAUUUAUUCUUUUGGGUACAACUUACAAGGGUUGAAGGAUACAGCAAAGCUCACCCUUUGAAAAAGAACAAAAGCAGAGUGCCAUAGUUCUGUCAAUAGAAUUCUCAUAGAAUCAACACGGAACCCGCUGGUGAACCGGUAAGAGCUAGCUUUGGGGUUUUGAUAAGAAUGAAAAGGGUUUAACAGAUUUUGUUGGUAUGUCAACUAAUAUGUUUGUUGAGCUUUUAGCCUAGCUCUACGUACCGCAUGCUCAUGGCUUGGGAUCUUAAAACAUUUAUAAUAUCUUACCGCACUUCUGAGUUGUAAAUAAAAAGAUAUGGAUGUGGUCUCUGAAAAGGGUGUUCCUAGUUUCUACCUCAUCAAUGUUACAAUAUUGUUUAUUCAAUCGGGAAGUGGUUUGUUAAGGACUGGAUAACUAGGUUGGAACAUAGAGCGUACCUUGCGGGAAGAGAAAUCUUCUGUUUACUAUCCUGUCUAUGAUGGCUGCUACUCACUCUUUUGGUGAGUGUGGGGUUUUCCUCCUUUUUGGAAUGGAGUUCUUGUCUGUAGUUUUACCUUUUUAGAUGUAUCCAAAAGAAGAUUACGUGAGAAGUUAGCGGUAGACUAAUAAAAAGAUUAGGUGAAUUGAUUUCAAUGACCUGAGUUUGAAUUGUAGAGAAGUACUAAUAUUAUAAAAACAUCAAAUAACUCUCAUACUGUUUGAUUCAAACAGAAUCGCGAGUUUCGUGUGAGAGUCAGAUGUACUAUAGUCCUUGUUAGAUGGUGCAUGAUUGAGGAAAAGAAUUUUGUUAUUGUAUCAUCUUGUGUAUUAUAUGUGGAGUGUCAUAUAUAGAGUGCUCUGCAACUGCACAUAUGUGUGGCUGCAAUUAACCACUAACUAAUAACUAAUUCACUAAUUAAUCUUAAUAUACAAUUUAGCUAACUGUGAGCUUAACAUCCCCCUUCAAAUUGGAGCAUACGAAUUGGAAGUUAGAAUUGGAGCAUACGAAUUGGAAGUUUUUAACUUGGCCAUA